AUAUAGAAAGUGAGUGGCGUGGCCAAUCAGAGAACGGCAUUCGUGAUAGAACGCUAAUAGAUUUACCCUAAUGACAAAUAGUCAGGACACGCAAAGACACUUCAGUCCAAUAUGUUCCCAUAAUAUUUAUCAGAAAUUGUAAGUCAGUCAACUCUGUUUUUCCAACUUAUUCACCUUGAAAGAUUUCUUAAGAUCAUUACUUUCUGAUGAAAGGGUUGCACUUUCGUGACUUGCAAGGGCAAGUUCAGAAAGUAAGCAUACCAAACAUACUAAGGACUCGUUCAAACGUGAAACCUGUAUUUUGAUAUUUAAAAAUAUUUGAUUAAAUUUAAAAAUUACUCCCAAAAUAUACUCGUGGUCGCCCAGUAAGGAUUUGUUUUGAAACAAAAUCGUCCGUGAGCAUGGUUGCAACUCGCCGGCGACCAAUGGCUUUGAAGCGGGGGAGUCCCCCGCACAAUAAGGGCUCCUCAAACUAUUGCGAAACAUGAUGAAUAACACGUGCAACGCGCGGGUUUCGACUAGUUUCGAACCGGAACAAGUAUCUACGCAAGAGAAUUUUGAAAAAGUUCUGACAGUUCUAUAUCAAACUAUACUCAUUUUCUGGUUCCAGAGUUAUACAGAGAACGAUGUCUUUGUUUGGUGAAUAUCCAUGCAUCAAUCAAACGAUUGCUCCAAGUUACAUCUCGUUUACUUCGGCCACGAUAUCUGUUGGAAUGUGCUUGUUUACCAUACCAGGGAACCUUCUUAUCGUGUUGGCUAUCUUCAUCGACCCCAACAAAGAUCUUAAAUCGCCGUUUAACUACUUCGUGGCCAACCUAGCCAUCAGUGAUCUUGUAGUUGGCUUUGUUGUCGAUCCGAUGUCUGUGGCGUUCCAUGUAAGCGAAGGAGUUGCGAAAGAAUAUCCAACCGAUCUUGUUUAUCUCCACAUCCCGUACUUCAUUUCGUGUACAGCUUCAGUUCUCAGUCUCGCUGCCUUGACGGUGGACCGAUUUUUGGCGAUUACUUCUCCGCUAUCUUACAGAACAAAACUGAAUCCUAAGCGAGCUGGUUUUGUGGCGGCUGGCAUCUGGGCAUUCUCACUUAGCUGUCCAUUUGUAUACCUUGUUACUGGUUACCUGACGUACGCUUUUGUCUUCGCUCAUACAGUCAUAAUUGCCACAUUUCUGAUCAUGUUAUUGACUUAUCUUAAAAUUUUUCGCGUGUUUAAGGAUCAAGUAAAACAGUGGGACUCCUUGGAUCAGUCUAACGAAGAUAAUCAUGCAAAGAGGCAGGCUGUACGAUGGGAACAGAAAGUGACCAAGACGUUCAUGAUAAUGUUGGCCCUCUUUUUGGCGUGCUAUCUGCCUUCGUGUAUUUGUAUCUACAUAACUAAUCUCUGUAGUUCCUGCAGUUGUACUUUUAUUCACUGGGCCAGAGAUGUCCAUUUUCUUUUGAUUCUCGCCAAUUCAGGGGUGAACCCCUUUGUCUAUGCGUGGCGAUUUGAGAAUUUCAGGAAGGCAGUCGCGAAGCUGCUGAGUUGCAGGAAGUGUUGCAGUCACUCAAGAAGAAAAACAAUAGAAUUUGACACCUUCACGGAAAGCACCACAAGCGACUCAAAGUAGAAACUUUAUAUAAAUAUGCCUGAAUUAAGCAGGUAAUGACGGUUCAAAAUAUCAACUGACUGGACAGUCAUAUUCACCCUAAGUAAUGAACCACGACUGUGCUUGUCCACACUGGCUGAUUUGGGGGCAUGGCAGGCCCCUUUUCAAAGACUCUGACCCCCCCUCCCAUCCCACCCCUUUAGUGCUAUACCUAUUCCUUCAGUAAGAUUUCAUGGGGGUAGCAAUGCAAAUUUUUGCUUGGUACGUGCUACAAUGAUCGUGUAUUGCGCUGUCUAAAUUACCAAUGCAUGCUCAUUUACUGUUGUCAUAAUGAGAUAUUGGGUAUCUCACAGGCUAUUGUAGCCUGUGAACACAGUAACAGAGAGAUAUCCACAUUUUUCAGCAGUGUGAAGGAAAAGCCAGGAAUCUGUCUGUGUUCGCAGCUUACUCAUAGGCUUAUUGUCCUCUGCUUAUGUGGUUGCAGCUAAAACAUUUUCUCCUGCACCUUUGAUUCGCAGUUAAGAACUCAACCAAUCAUUGGCUUUUACACUACCAUUAAUUAUCUUAGGAAACAGACAAUGUUAGCUGUAAAGAGUUCAAAUUGCCACAUCCCAUGGGUUUUUGAUUGGUACCCUGCGAGCAGAGUAGCUUUCAAUCUAGAAAGCAACUUUGCCUGUAGGGUAUUUGAUUGGUGGAUUGGUUGGUGUUUGUUUGUUUCUUAUGUAUUUAUUUAUGACAGGCAGCGACAAAAAAAAGUAUUUUACUAUAUCAGUUAUUUUCAGCAAAUGAACUGUACAAACUCAAUUUAGUGCUUUUAAUAUCGGAAAAGAAAAAAAAUGACGAAAAUGUUAAAAAAAAUUAUUUAAUCAUCCUUAUAUAGGGGACAAAAUUAGUUAAGUGCACAUUGUAUCAAUUUCAUGAGUUAAUAUUAAACUGUUGAUGUGGCAGCCUUCUCCAAGGCAAAUAUUUAAUAAAUUUUAAAUUGUCAGAAGACUCCCA